GGAAGAAGGUGAGGUCCAGAUCGUGGGGUGGGGGUGGGGGUGGGCGGCAGGCUCCUUGAACUGGACCGUGGGUUGAGGGUGCAGUGUAGAAUUUGGUGAUGGGAGUGUUGUUGAGCCUUCCCCUGGGGCUGAAGGACGAGGAGGAGAAAAAGCAGGAAUUUACAGUGUGUCCCAAAGUCCGAAUCAGACCUGGUGCUGUUCCUGGGCCGACUGCAAGACCUGGCAUGGUGGUCGGACUGGGAUCUGGAUGUGGACGGGGAGUAACAGUUGCAGCUGGAGUUCCGGGAAGAGAUGGAUCGGGAUCCAGAGGCAGAGCGGAAGGCCGGUGCCGAGGAGCAGUACGCCGUGGGCGAAGACCCUACAGCAGGCGGGUGUUUAGAAACCGCACGUCAUACCUGAACCUGAGUGAGGAGCAGUGUGUGCAGCGGCUGGGCUUCAGCAGGGAGGCAGUGACCGAACUGUGUCUCCUUGUUCAGGCACAGCUGCAGCCCCGGACCAGGGCCUGGACUGCUCUCCCGGUGGCUGUCAAAGUCACAGUGGCUCUUAAUUUCUACACCACGGGCUCAUUCCAGGCGGCCACUGGCAUCAUCAAUGAUAUCACCCAAUUUGCCAUUCACUGCUGCAUCAGAGACGUUACGGAGGUGCUUUACGAUAAGAGGAACCAGUUCAUUUCCUUCCCCAUGGAGACGGAGAGCCAGGAGCAGCGAGAGCUCGGCUUCCGUAAGAUCGCAGGCUUCCCUGGCGUGCAAGGCGUCCUGGGCUGUGCCCACGUGGCACUCCGAGCGCCUUACGACAACCCAGCUGUCUACAUCAAUGCAAAGGGAUUCCACUCCCUCAAGGUCCAGCUCGUGUGUGACCACAGACAUCGGGUGAUGCACGUGUGCUCGCGUUUUCCCGGCAGCACGUGCCACUCGCUCAUCCUACAGGAAUCCUCUGUGCCCCCUCUCUUUGAGCCGGAAUGUCGGGUGUCAGGUUGGCUGCUGGGGAGCUCUGAUUACCCCCUAACUCCAUGGCUCAUGACCCCAGUUAGGAAUCCCAGGAGCUCCGGCGAGCACCAGUACAACUGCCGUCACGCCUCUUGCCACGGAUCCGUCAGGCGGACCAUUGCAAUGCUCAAACACCGGUUUCGCUGCUUGUCAAGAUCGGGGGGAAGUCUACAGUAUAGCCCCGACCGUGUCUCUAAAUUCAUCGUCGUCUGCUGUAUGCUCCAUAACUUUGCCCUGGAAAGAGGGCAGGUGUUGAGGACAUCUGAGGGGUUACAAGAGGAGGAGUGGGAGGGAGAGGAGUGUGAGUGGGAGGAGGAAGAGGAGGAGGAGGGAGAAAGGUCACCAAACCUCAUCACUGCCAUAGCUCUGCAACAAUGCAUAAUCCAGGGGUUCAGCUGAAUAACUGCAAGACAACCCCAGCCGGUUGAAUGACAAAGGCCACGUGCGCAGAGGUGACCCCAGGCGGUGCAGUUAUAUCCGUGAAUGGACACUCCUCACAGGGCCCUGAGGUGGGCAGAGAUGGAGGAGUCCUGACUGAUGUCGUUGGUUUCAGAUUAAAUACGAGUGAUGAUGUAUUUGGAACCCGAGGAUGACUCCUGGGGAAAGAGCAGAUGUUGUAGGAUGUUUCUGAUGUGUGACCAGGAAAUACAUUUGCAUUAGAGUGAACUAACUGUGAGAAAAUGUUUUGUGAUUCAGUUUCAAUGCUUGCGUUGUUGUGAACGCUGCAGGUUCUUGUACAUCUAACAACUAACACAUCUGCAUAAACCUGUUGGUUUAUAUUCCAUCAACAUUUAAAAUGUGAUUGUUUGAUAACGUGCGUAUGUGCUUGAGUGAUCCAUAACUUUCUGAAGGGGGUAGGCGGAGGAUGCUGAGAGCUGAGAGUGUGGACCAUGGUCAGCCACUGAUACUGAGAAUACUCAGCUAAAUAUUUUGAAUCUUAUAAUGUUGGAAAAAUGCUCAAUAAACUCUGGUUUACUUGACAACAUGGU